AUGAUACAUUCUAGUUUUCUCCCAUUAUAUUUAAAACUUCAUUUUCUAAUUCAUCAUUUAAUUUCCAAAAAGUUUUUUAGNCAAUAAUCUCAAUCUCCUAAUUAAAGAAGAAUUCUUUAUGGAAAUUUCUAAUAAAUUUUAUGUACUAAAAAGACUUGUUCUCCAAUUUCAAAAGAAUAAUUAUUUAAUUUUAGUUCAGAAAAAUAACAAAAGGAAACUAAUUAAAAAUUCAAUAAAUUUAAUAAUUAAUCAAAAUAAAAAAAAUACAGUCCUGUAGUAUAGGGAAUUUAAAGAAAUUAAAGACAAUAGAUAAAAGAUAAGUUACUUUUAAUCUCAAAAGAUUUAGACAGUACUUAAAUUAACUAAAUAAUUUAAUUAAUUUAUAAAUGA